AUUUGAGUCACUUUGACGCCAUAAGGUUCAUUAGAUCCAAGGUAACAACAGUGCCAUUUUGCCCACGGCACUUUCCCUUACCACCUAGGAACGAACCAGUUCAAUCUAAAUUUCAACUAUGGUGACAUUUCGCAAUGAAUUAACGGAACAAGAUCAAGCUUGGAUCAAAGAACAGAAACUGUUUUUUGUAGGCACAGCGCCCCUGAGCAGCAGCGGAAGAGUUAACCUUUCCCCUAAAGGCUACGACGCAUUCCGCAUUCUGUCUCCAAAGAAGAUCGCCUACCUUGAACUGACAGGCUCUGGCAUUGAAACGGUCACCCACUUGCACGAAAACGGUCGUAUGACCAUCAUGUUUUCUGCGUUUGAAGGAGCUCCUAAGAUCAUACGCUUAUGGUGCAAAGGAGCUGUUCAUCCUGCUGGAUCAAGUGAAUUUGUCAAGUUCCAGAAAGAGCUGUUCCCUGAUUUCAUUGACAGAGUCGGCGUCCGAUCCAUCAUCACUGGAGAUAUUAUUGAGGUCGGCCAAUCAUGCGGCUUUGGCGUGCCUCUAUAUGAAUACAAAGAGCCGAGACAAGUGUUACUCAACUACUUGGCUAAGAAGUCCUCUGAAGGCGUGGAGACAUACUGGGAAGAAAAAAAUUCAAAAAGCAUUGACGGCAUCCCAUCCCACCUUACUCGAAACAAUCCAUCCGGCUGGCUUCUCUACAAACUUCACUCUUGGAGGGAUGCGGUGGGUCCUUUGGCGUUGGGCAUCAUUGCAGGCUCUGUCAUCACGGCGGGCAUCAUGAAAUCCUACAGCCUAGCGAAAUAACGCCUUUGCAUCAAUACAAUUGCUUUCCAUAUACUGUUUAUCAACAUUCAUUUUGCGCCAAUACCAAAAUAAAUUUAAGAUCACGAUAUCAGAGCAGAGAGCUUGAAAAAUUUAUUCUCGAAA